UGAGCCGCAGGCAGGGCAGUCGAGGGCAGAGCGAAUCGAUGUUUCCAGCGUGUUGUUGCAGCGUCAUUCUGUUUGAAUGAAGUUCAGACUAAAGAACCUAGCCAACUCCACAUUCGCGCCCCGGUGGACUGGAAAGAGGAAAUAGAGCCGAGGAAAUAAAAGUGGCCAAAACAUGCCAGUGUUUACAGUAAAUGUGAAAUGGGGCAAGGAGAAGUUUGAUGCAGUGGAGCUGAACACCGAGGAGCCUCCCAUGGUUUUCAAGGCUCAGCUGUUUGCCCUGACAGGAGUUCAGCCAGAGAGACAGAAGGUGAUGGUGAAGGGAGGCACUCUAAAGGAUGAUGAGUGGGGAAACAUCAAACUGAAAAAUGGAAUGACCCUGUUGAUGAUGGGCUCGGCGGACGCCCUGCCUGAGGAGCCCGCUGUCCGGCCCAUGUUUGUCGAGGACAUGACUGAGGAGCAGCUGGCCUCAGCCAUGGAGCUGCCCUGUGGGCUCACAAACCUGGGCAACACCUGUUACAUGAAUGCCACAGUGCAGUGUCUGCGCUCUGUGCCAGAGCUCAAAAUUGCACUAAGAAGGUAUACAGGUGCUCUGCGAUCCUCAGGGGCAAACGCACCAUCCCAGUACAUCACAGCAGCUCUGCGUGAUUUAUACGAGACCAUGGAGAAGACCUCAUCCAGCCUCCCACCCAUCAUCCUGCUGCAGUUCCUUCACAUGGCCUUUCCACAGUUUGCUGAGAAGGGAGACCAGGGGCAGUACCUCCAGCAGGAUGCUAACGAGUGCUGGCUGCAGAUGAUGAGAGUCCUUCAGCAGAAGUUGGAGCCACUAGAGCCAGAGACUCCGAUGGAGACCAACUCUGAGGGUGGAGCUGCCUCUGCCUCUACGAAGAAGAACUUCAUUGACCAGUAUUUCGGCGUGGAAUUUGAAACUACUAUGAAAUGCACAGAAUCUGAGGAGGAGGAGCCGACCAAAGGCAAGGAGAGCCAGCUCCAGCUCAGCUGCUUCAUCAACCAGGAGGUUAAAUAUCUUGCCACAGGACUAAGGCUGAGACUGCAGGAAGAAAUCAUGAAGCAGUCUCCAUCUUUGGAAAGAAAUGCCCUGUAUAUAAAAUCUUCAAAACUCAGCCGUCUCCCUGCCUACCUGACUGUUCAGAUGGUCCGUUUUUUCUACAAAGAGAAGGAGUCUGUCAAUGCCAAAGUCCUUAAGGAUGUCAAGUUCCCCCUCAUGCUGGACGUCUAUGAGUUGUGCACCCCCGAGCUCCAGGAGAAAAUGCUGCCGGUCAGGUCAAAGUUCAAGGAAAUUGAGGACAAGAAGCUGGAGAGACAGCAGCAGAAGAUGGUGAAGAAGUCAGAUGCAGCAAAAGAAGUGAAAUACGAGCCUUUCUCAUUCCCUGAUGACCUCGGUUCCAACAACAGCGGCUACUACGACCUGCAGGCAGUGCUGACACACCAAGGCCGCUCCAGCUCGUCGGGCCACUAUGUGGGAUGGGUCAAAAGGAAAGAAGAUGACUGGGUGAAGUUUGAUGACGACAAGGUGAGCGUGGUGUCCCCUGAGGAUAUCCUGCGGCUGUCUGGCGGCGGAGACUGGCAUAUAGCUUACGUUCUACUCUACGGCCCCCGACGACUGGAAAUACUUGAAGAGGAACAGUAACUGUAGAAGACCUCCUAGAAGACAAAGACAGCAUCCAACACACAUUGAAAAUGCCAUUUCCAAGCACUGUCUGCAUAGAUGUGCAAUAAUCUGGGUGUCUUUAAACAUUUGAUGACCUUAAUUUUUUUUUGUUUUUGUUUUUUGUAACUGACACAGAUGCUUGUAAAACAAAAUCUCUGUCAAAUGGAGUUCAUUAUUCUACCAUCAUAGGGUUGGAAAAUGGUGAUAUAAAAAGAGGCAAUCUCUGGACUGGAUCCUUGAAAGAGGUUUUAAAGUCUAGCUCUGCAGUUUCAUUAAAUGUUUUAUACACAUUGUAUAUUUUUUAAAGCCUUUGAUAAGGUGCUCAUGUCAUAAAAGCAAAGUUAAUCCUCUGUAGUCGUUUUAACUAAUCAACUUGUACAGAGAUUCUUGGCCAAGUUAUUGUCCUUGGAGAUAUCCUGGCUUGUAUCUUCUCAGAUCAGAUGUAUUAUGGCGAUAUUCUCUUAGCACUGUUAAGAGCAGCCCUUGCUCACCUGUUGGCCCUCUGGGAAAUUUAGGUUCAAUCUCAGGUCUUUUCUUAAGUUCCUGGCUCACAUCAUCUCCUGGAAUUGUUCUAAAAUGCAUUGACAGCGAUGAGGUUCUUCCCGUCAAAUCUUCUGUAACGCUGUUUUGAGGGAAGUGAGCAGGGAGCGCGUUCAAAGCCGGAGCUGAAUAGGUUGGCCUUGCGGUGAACUGUCUGCAGUUAAAUGCGUGAAAGACUUGAGAUUCAACCACGGUUUGCUUGGCGAGCAUUGCACAUUGUCCUUGUUGGAACCGAUUUCAGAGUUUAACAUCUAUACUCGUACAUGAUGCUAUGCUUCACUUUCUUUUCAUGCAGUUUUCCUGAUCACCCUGCCACAAUGUGUAAGACCUAACCAUCAACACUCUCUGUAAUAAGUUAUUGACUGAUGGCUUUUCAUAGGUGGUGAAAAUAAACUGUUAUACCAAUA